UUAACUGCUCAUGUAGAGGAACAGUUAGAGGGAGGCAUGUGGGGGGGGGGGGACAAAAAUGUGGGAGGAGAGAGUAAUAGAGGAAGAGAAAAUCUUUGUCCUGCUGUCAGAGUGGACUUCUGAGAUCGCAUGCAGUAGUGUGAUGGCUGAGUGUGUGCGAGCAUGCAGUGUGUCAGGGGGUCCUGAAGGCCCAUACCGAGCAGUGCAGUGUGUGAAGCAUCUGGUACAACAGGAGUUUGAGGGUGUGGACACGCUGGAUAAACUGUUCCGUUACGCAGUGGACACAUUCACACACUUGCCCUGUUUAGGGAGCAGGGAAGUCAUCUCAUAUGAUAAUGAGACACAACCUGAUGGCAAAGUCUUCCAAAAGUUGGUCCUGGGUCAGUAUAAGUGGAAGACAUACGAGGAAGUGGAUAAUCAAGUGAACUUCCUGGGCAAAGGCUUGUAUGCUUUGGGUCAAAGGUCACAAAGCUCUAUUGCCAUCUUCUGUGAGACAAGAGAGGAGUGGAUGAUUACAGCACAGGCCUGCUUCAGAUUCAACUACCCCUUGGUGACCCUCUAUGCUACACUAGGUGAAGAUGGAAUAACAUUUGGGUUGAAUCAGUGUGGAGCCACACACCUCAUCACUAGCAAGGAGCUGCUAGAAACCAAGCUGAAGGUGGUGUUGCCAGAUAUUGUGGGUCUGAAGCAUGUGACCUACGUGGGCAGUGGUAGUGUAUCUGUAGAAGAUUACCCACAAUCCCUCAGUAUCCACAGCUUACAGGAAGUGAUGGAGCUUGGGGAAAAACCUGAGAACUUGAACGUGCAGUUAGCUGCUCCCUCUCCAUCCGAUCUGGCUGUAGUGAUGUACACUAGCGGCUCAACGGGUCGUCCUAAAGGCGUGAUGAUGCACCACAGUCACCUCAUCGCUGGCAUGGCUGGUCAAUGCCAAAGGAUUCCGGGUCUCGGGUCUGAGGAUGUAUAUAUUGGUUAUCUUCCACUGGCUCAUGUUCUGGAGCUCACAUCUGAAAUGUCCUGUCUGAGUCACGGCUGUCGGAUUGGAUACUCAUCACCACACACACUCUCAGACGACUCGAGUAAAGUAAAGCGAGGCUGUAAGGGGGACUGCACCGUGCUCAAACCCACUCUGAUUACUGCUGUGCCAGAGAUUAUGGACCGUAUCUAUAAGAAUGUGAUGAACAAGGUAGCAGAGAUGAGCACAUUUCAGAGGAUGCUGUUCAAUAUGGCCUACAAAUACAAAAUCCAGCAGCUGGAACAUGGAGCAGACACACCUAUAUGUAACAUGUUGGUGUUUAAGCGUGUAUCAAUGUUACUAGGAGGGUGUGUGAGGUUGAUGCUCAGUGGUGGAGCUCCUCUCUCUCCUGACACACACUGUUUCAUCAAAGCAUGUUUCUGCCCUGUCGCUAUCGGUUAUGGCCUCACAGAGACUUGUGGAGCUGCAACCAUCUCAGAGUUUUCUGAUUAUACCACAGGACGAGUCGGGGCACCUCUUGUCUGUUCUGAACUCAAACUACGAGACUGGCCUGAGGGAGGAUACACCUGUCUGGAUAAGCCCCACCCCCGAGGAGAGAUUCUGAUAGGUGGGCCGAACGUUGCCAUGGGUUACUAUAGGAGUGAGGAUGAGGUGGAGAACGGGGAAUUUUGGGUAGAUGAGGAUGGGCAGCACUGGUUCUGUACAGGUGAUGUAGGGGAGAUACAUCCUGAUGGCUGCCUGCAGAUAAUAGACCGUAAGAAGGACUUGGUAAAGCUCCAGGCAGGUGAAUAUGUAUCUCUGGCAAAGGUGGAGGCAGCACUGAAGAACUGCCCCCUAAUCGACAACAUCUGUGUCUAUGCUAACAGCAAUCAGACCUACAUCCUCGGCUUUGUGGUGCCCAAUCAGAAGCAGCUAACUGCACUGGCAAAUCGAAAUGGGAUUAAUGGCAAGUGGGAGGAGAUUUGUAAUCAUGCCACACUGGAACAGGAAGUCCUAAAAGCUAUUAAAGAGGCUGCAAAAAUGAAUAAGCUGCAGAGGUUUGAGGUUCCCAUGAAGGUUUGUCUCAGUUCUCAGGUCUGGACUCCAGAGACGGGACUCGUUACUGAUGCCUUUAAGCUGAAGCGAAAAGAAUUACAGACACAUUACAAACAUGACAUUGAGAGGAUGUAUGGAGCCAAAUAACACACACACACACACACACACACACACACACACACACACACACACACACACACACACACACACACACACACACGCACACUUAAUCAGAGAUGAUGUUCUAAACCAUGGUGGAUUCCUGAACAUUAUUAAGAUUCUAGAUGGGAGCUGAAAUAAACUCCAGUGUUUAUCAACACAAACAGGGAGAAUCUGUUUCUAAUAAACCUUUUUCAUAUAAAAACAUUGAAAUGAAGAAAAGUCACAAUAUAUUUGUUCUUCUGGAGUGAGGGACGUGUCUGUGGUACUUACUUUGUUCUUGUGACAUUUCAGGGUUUAGGGGAUAGUUUUAUUUUGCUACAUGAGUAUAUUUAUAUUUAUAUAAAGAUAUUGGUGUUUGUGUGUAGUGAGGGCUUUGGGCAGGAGUGUGUGUGUGUGUGUGUGUGUGUGAAACUCCUUGUUCUGGACCAACUGGAGAUAGCAGGUACUGUUUCAUUCAACCCAAAUGCACAAAAAUGUCAGUGAGGUUUAAAGAUGUGUUUAAAUGGUUAAAUAAAAAAAAGAUCUGUCUUCAGUCUUAGAUUCUGUCCAGUUUCUGUCACUGUGUUAGGUUAACCUUCCACAGAUCACUUAGCAUUCCUGUCAGCUGUAUUAGCACAGCUGGAUGAGCUCGUCCUGGUGUUAGCUCUAUUAUGGUUUAUAGACUGUGUAUGUUUUUAAUGGCUCAUAUGAUUAUUUUGAUAAAUAUGUUUUUUUAAUGAUGUCUAAACUGGUGUCUUGUUUCAGUUUGCCUUGUUAAAAUUGUGCACUUUUGUUUAACAGUGAGUUUUAUAAAUAAUAAAGACCAAAGAUUUUGCCAAACA